CCGUGCCCGCCGCCGCCCCCACCCCCGCCCGCCGCCCAGAAGAUGGCGAGCCCGUGCGGGCGGCAGCAGUGCUCCAUCCAGCGGCGCGGCGUCCGCCACCAGCUCGAUUCGUGGCGACACAAGCUCAUUCACUGUGUAGGGUUUGAAAGUAUUCUAGAAGGCCUGUUUGGACCUGGAUUAUUAAAAGAUCUCAGUUUGUUUAAAGACUGUGAGCCUGAAGGUGUUUCUGAUUGGUCUUUUGAUGAAAAUUGUCUUUUCUGCUGCCUGAGAAGAGAAAAAGUGAAGGAACACUUAGUCAGUCUGGAUGAGCCAGCCUCGGAAGCUGGACAAGAAGCUCUGCUUAGACAAGAGCAAGCAAAAAUCAUUCGUUUUGAAAGGCAAGCGGAAGAAUUCCUCAAUGCAGUCUUUUACAGAAAAGACAGUCCUAGGGUCUCUGACCCCAAUAUUCCCCUAGUGGCCCGUGAGAUCAUGCAGCGAAUGAUCCGACAGUUUGCUGCUGAAUAUACCUCAAAAAAUAGCUCUACUCAGGACUCCAGCCAGCCCAAUAGCACAAAGAACCAAAGCCUGCUGAAAGCAUCUCUGGUCGCCUCCUCUCCCACGGCUGCAACUGCUCAGAACCCUGUGCUCAGCAAACUUCUCAUGGCUGACCAAGACUCACCUCUGGACCUUACUGUCAGAAAGUCUCAGUCAGAACCUAGUGAACAAGACGGUGUGCUUGAUUUAUCCACUAAGAAGAGUCCUUGUUCCGGCAGCACCUCUCUGAGUCAUUCUCCAGGGUGCUCCAGUACUCCGGGAAAUGGUGAGGAUGCAGCAGAGACAAUAGCAAUAGACUCUAACAAUCAACCGAAGUCUCCACUGGAAAAGUUCAUGGUCAGACUGUGUACACACCACCAGAAGCAAUUCAUCCGUGUGUUAAACGACAUAUACACUGAAGUACAACCAGACUCUGAAGUCCAGCAUUUGUCUGAACCCGAGAGCAUGGAAGCCUCUACCUGUGGCUCUGGUUGUAGCCAGCAAAGCACUGAAAAUCAGGAUAAGGGUGCUACUUGUACUGAAUCAAAGCCCCCUUCUUCCUUGGACCCGGGACAGUCAGGGUCUGAUGGCCCCCUACAUGUUACAGGACAAGCCCCGAAGCAGCCAGUGGAGCUGAAGUCUCUGGACAGAGCAGAGAGCUCCAGUCCUGCUUUGAGAAGGGACUUCUCUGAGCUCCCUGUCACCAGGCUUCGUUCUGCUAGUCCAAAGGAUAGCUCCACUCAAGGAUACCUCAGCACAUUGAACUCUUCCUCUUUGAAUUUCCAUCAUGCCACAAAGAGCCUGGAAGGCCAGCAAGUCCCUGGCCACGAGCAAGAAGCCAGCGUCAGAAAGUGUGAGGACAAUAAAGAGCAGCUAGCAGGUAAGACUCUUGUGGAAGGUUACAUCUCGGUCAAAGUGGCAAAUGUGAACGGCAGUGAGGAUAGCUUAGACAGCUGUCUGGGGUCCCAAAAGAGCUCUUUCAGAGCUCUGCCAGAAGAACCCUGGAAUCCUGGCUUUGCAGUGACCCCUCCUCGCAGCGCUGACAAAGAGAACACUUUGCAAUGCAGCUCGAGAGCAUCUUUGCACCAGGACUUAGACAUGAAAGAACAAGAUGCAAGACCAAAGCAAGAAAACCACCUGCACGCCAUGGCCAAGGGCAAGGCAGGCUGCCACCUGCACCCAGCUGACAAGGACCCACUCGACAAGUCUAAAGAGGGCUGGCUGCCCGCCGGUGCUGCGCCAGCUGGCCAUCGGACCACUGGUGGCCACCCCCGCACCAAGGCAGCCUCUCUCAGGCCCACUCGUAAGAGCAAGAAGGCAUCGGGGCUGAGGAUCAAUGACUACGACAACCAGUGUGACGUGGUCUACAUCAGCCAGCCCAUCACCGAGUGCCAUUUCGAGAGCCAGCGGUCGGUGUCGUCGCGCAGGACAGCGCGGAAGAGCACGCGGGGCUAUUACUUCAACGGGGAGUGCUGUGAGCUGCCGACUGUCCGCACGCUGGUUAAGAGCUCCCGGGCGGAGGAGCGGGGGAGCAGCCCGGCAGUGCGAACAGAGACCCUCGUCAGCGCAAAGCAGCCCCUGAUGCUCUCGGUGGGCGGCGCUGCAGGGGCAGGGCGGGAAGGCGAGAAAAGGGUUUCUCUGAGGCUACUGGCUAAAGGGGCGGCAAGCAGCCGAGAAACGAGGGAGAGAGCCGAGGCAGGCUCCUUGCAGCCCCGGGAUACCCGGGCACUGCGGUCAAGGGAAGCUGCCAUGCCCUUCUUCUCCCUCUCUGCUCCACCCAGUCCCCAGAAAGAGGACAGCUCAGCCGGCUCACCGCCACUUGGCUCCCCUUCUGCUGAAGGAGGGGAGAUGAGAGCAGGAGGCACUCUCCCCUGUGAAGCUGGCAGCAGCCUGGGUUCCUCUGGGGAUGACAGUGGGCAGCCUGUUGAUUUUCCUGCCCUUCCCAUCUCAGAAGCACCCAGUGCAGAGGAAGGUUGUCCAAGCUCUGACUUACAAACUGGUCCUGACCUCCCCGUUAGCAUGGACUCAGAGUCCUCUUUGCAGCUCUCUGCUGCUGCAGACACAGCACCUCUGGCCCAUGGUGUUGCAGGGGAUCUUGCUCAGCUUCCAGCCACAGGGGACAUGGAGCCCUGUGGGAUGCAUCCUACAGAGCCCUUUCCUCACUCUCCAGACCAGCAGGCUCCCAAUGAGCCCCCUGCCACUGUAGAAGGGCAGAGUCCCCCAGAGUCCCCUGCCACCUUGCAGUCUAUGGAUAUGAACAAAAGCAUCGAUGCUGAACCAGAGCCUGAAUUAUUUGACAUGGUGGGUGAUGACUCCCUUGAGCAAAAGGGGUCUGUGCCAGCCAGCACAUCUAUCCCUGAAAUCUCAGAAGAAGAGGCAGUGCAGGUUAACAGCCCAGCAGGUGAAAAAGAGCUCACUGAAGGGGAAAUGCUGCCUGAACCCAAUGGCUCAGACACUGCAGAGAAGGACUCUGUCUCUUCCAGAGACAGUCUAGACAAGAAGCGAAAGAAAGGCAGGAGAGUGCUCGUGGCAUCAGACCGGUGCCUCCGAAGCCAGCAAUCCCAGUUACUUACCGAGGGCAGUACUGAGGACACUGCUGCUUUCAGCUCUCUGCAGCCUCCUGGCCUGGAGAGCAAACUCUCCAAGAGCCCUGGGGCUAAGCGGUUCAGGAGAGAGGUGCAACUGGAUGAGGCUGCAUCCAUGCACUUCCCAGAUGACUGCUUCCCUGAUGUGCUGCUCAAAACCAGCGAGGGGCUGGGCACUGACCAGGCUCCAGAGAGCAUCACAGAGCAGCAGCCAGGUGAGGAGAAUGGUGUCACUACCAGACAAAUCUAUAAAAGCUCAUUAGUAAAAGAGACUGUGGCAGAGGGAGAAGAUUCUUCUAAAGACAGUUCCCCUGCUAAUGGUAGCCAAAGUCAAACGGGUGAGAUGCUGGAAAUCAGUGUCCAGGCCAAUUCUGAGAAGAGAGGCAUUCUUCUGCCUCCAGAGAGCAGCAUGCCUGCAAGUGAUGCCAAGCAAGUGGCUGUGAAACCAGGCGAUGCCAGCACAAAGGAUGGGGAGAGCUCUGACAGUGCCAUAGGCAUAGACAAACUAGAGAACCAUGACCUGGUGGCCAACUUGCCUCCAUGUCCCAGCAGCAGAGGUGGAAGCAAGCAUCUUCCAGCAAAGGCUGCAAAGCAUAAAAAAGUUGCUCUGCAGUUUUAUAACUUAAGACACACACCCACACCCAUAGACACUGCAAAAAAGAGCACAGCAGGAAAAGAGUCUGUGCAAGCCAUCUCCAAACCAAGGGACAAAAACAGAUCAGGGAAUGAUGAUUCCCCAGCGUUGGAGGACACAGACACGGCUGACAACAAACCAAAGUUCAUGGAGUGGUGUGCUGAAGAGGAGAACCAGGAACUUAUUGCUGAGUUUAACACUCAGUACAUGAAAGUUCAGAAGGGUUGGAUUCAGCUGGAGAAGGAGGUGCAGCCAGCCCCCAAGGUAAAGAACAAAGCUGACAAACUGAAAGAGAUUUGGAAAAGCAAAAAAAGGACACGGAAAAGCAGAGGCUCAUUAGAAGUGCAGAAGCUUUCUCCUGUCCAGAUGCUGUUUAUGAAGGCCUUUAAGUUGUCUGACAUCUGCCAGUGGUUUCUGGAGACAACCGAAACCAGGUCUCUAGUGAUUGUGAAGAAACUCAACACCCGUCUCCCAGGGGAGAUCCCCCCCAUCAAAGUCCCCAUGCAGAAAUACUCCUCCUCUAGUCUCUACCCCAGCUCCCUCCAAGCCGAACGCUUGAAGAAACACCUGAAGAAGUUUGCUGCCACUACACCAGCUCGGAAUAACUUGAAGAACCAAAAGCUUUGGGCCAAAAUUCAGGAGAACGCUGAUAAAGCAGAGGCUGAAGAAGCUGCCAGUCCCAGCCAGGCGUCUCCCACCGAUGCCAGCACCAAGGACCCAAGUGAAGACAAGACCAUACAGCCUGCCCCCAGCUUGCCCACACAGGCUAGCACGAGGAUCUUGCGCAAGUACUCCAACUUGCGGGGAAAGCUACGAGCCCAGCAUCGCAUGAUGAAGACAGAGAAGAAGAACGAUGGCCCAGGGGACCAGCCAUCCUUGGAGGUCAAACAGAGCCGAAAAAGCUUGUGCAUCAACCCCCUGAUGUCUCCAAAGCUGGCCAUGCAGAUCAAAGCAGAUGCCUUUCCCGCUAAAUGCCCAUCAGUGGAUGGAACAGGCAAAGGGCGGAAGGGGAAGAACAAGACCCAGGAUGACCCCUCACCCAAAGCUGACCUUCAGCUCAGCAGGAAGAAGAGGAUGCUGAAGGAGAGCGGGAGCACCCAGGAGAGAUCUGGCUCCUCCACCAAGGACAAGCUGCCUGCCAAGAAGGCCAGUAAAAUAAAGCAUUUGGAGGUAAAUGCAAAAGCUCCUGCCACCCGGAAGCAGGCUGCCAUAGAGAGGAGCAAUAAGCUGGCUAGAAAAAUCUCUUUGAAAGAGAAGAGAGCCCCAAAAAAGCAGCUGAAGAAGGUGCGGCUCCCCAUGCGGAAGGGCAAGGAGAACACGAGCAGACGGGCCUUGCUGCCCCCCAGCCACGAGGAGCUGGCCAAGUCCCCCAAGCAGAAACCCUUGGGGGAGUCCUCCACACGAUCACAGAAGAUGGCCAACAAGAAGCCCGGUGGUGGGAAGGCCCUGACGAGGUCCAUGAAGAAGAUUCAGGAGAGCAGCGGGUCGCAGGGCAAGAGGAAGCUGAGGGCGAAAGUGGACUGUUCGCACAGCAAGCGCUCGCGCCUGGACCCGAAAUAGCACAGAAGCGGUAGCCAUGUACAGAACUGAUGUAUAGUAGUGACCCGUCACCAUGCAUUAACUAAAGCUGCUUUUAUAAGCUGUAGCAAGCCUUUACAGAUCCACAGUCGCAGGACAACGCCCGUGAUUUUAGGCAUCGACUGGUGUGUCCCGUACAGAGAAGAGGUCAGCCUGUCUGGCUCUGCUGUUCAGAAGGAAGUUUCUGCAGUUUGAACGUUCCUUGGGUGUUUUGUUUUGUCUUUUCAAACUUGGAACCAGGCAGUUUUAGUUAAAAGUACAGUGCCUUAUUUAUCACUUUAAGAAUAAAAAUAAGAAGCUCGUCUGUGUGAUUUGGAGGCUUGCGUUUUAUACUUGAGGCACAAGCACUUGUACUGUAGCAGAAAGAAAACCACCUUCGUGCACGUAAAGUAGCUUUCAGCAGCCUUUGGGUGCACUCAAAAGUUUCCCUUUCCUUCAGAGUCCUCCUUCUGUCUGUCUUCUUAGUGGCAUUGAAAGCAAAACCAAAACCAUUUCCCCGUGACUGAGGGAGAGAAAGGCAAAUCUGUCCCUUCUCAGUCUGUCUGUAGCAGCUGCUCGUGUCCCAUACUGUUACCCGCAUCAAAGUAGUCAUUGUCUGCUAGCGUGUGCACUGCUGAUGCCUGCCUUGCUGCCCCACGGCGCAGUCUGUGGGGCUGGGGAGGUCCCGCUCAGGCAGAGGAGGCGGAGGAGAUGUACCGGGCUGCCGCAUCCGCUGCUGCCGGGCGGGUGCGCUGGGUCCGAUCUCUCUUUGUUUCUUGCUGGCUUCAGGAAUGAAUUGGUUCUACCGUGCCCUGCUUUCGGACAGACCUCCCCCUCCCAUUUUGCUCUGCUCCCGUUGAUUUCCUCUGACAGCAAAGUGGCUACCACAGCGCUUUGCUGAAAGCUGAAUUUCUCUUUAAGGGCUCUAGCUCCUUCUGAUGGUGCUCUGCAGAAGGAGAGCCCUGGUCCUCACCCUGUGUUCUUGUGCAUGUCUUGCCUUGUGCCCUCCUAAGCCAGCACUUGCAAUUGGAAUAGCGUUGGGAUAAGGGACUGAUUUAAGUUUAUCUUUCACCAUAAUUUGCAUUUCAUCCUUCUACUGGCAAGGUGCAGUUGGUUUGUCCUUGCUUAUGUCUGGUGCUGUGGGGUCUGAAAGUGGCCAAGCCUCUGCCCUGUCUUUCACAACAGCUUUGCAGAGCUUCUCUGCGAACCUCCACAGCACAUGAAAGGCAGCUGGGGGUCUGCAGUGGCAGAAUAGGAUCGUGGUGCCGUUGAGGAAGAGGUGCUUGAAGUGCACAGAGCGUGUGACUGUGCUUUCUCUGCCAGGCAGGGAUGUUCAGUGGCAGUGAAGGAGCUGCUGCGGUCUGCACUCAGGGAGGGGACCCUGCUUGGCCACUGCAUCUCCACAGCUUCACUUUAGCGUUGCUGCACAGUCUGUUUGCAUGAAUCCUGAUGGAUGUCUCCUUACAAGCAGAAGGCAGCAAUGCCUCAGAGGGCACCGGGCAGGCUCUGGGGCACUCAACCUUUAACAGCUAUUUACUGGUCCUUCCUCAGCUUCUUGUCCCUGCUCGGAGCAAGGCUUGGUGGCAGCCGGUGCAUUCGAGAGGUGUGCCUGGCCUGGGGGCAGAGGCUGGAGAGGGCUGGGCUGCCAGGGAAAAUGCUUUUCACAGUUGGCAUUGAACUCCAGAUCCCAAAGCCUGUGGAGAUGGGAGGCAGAUAAUUGUCUUUAAAUCUUUAAUUGUGCCUCUUUAGUAUAGAGGAUGAAACAAUGCAUUUGAGGUUCACACACCCUUUGCACGGCACCUCUGGCUCUCUUGCAGGUGUUCCCUUCCCCCAGCGCUGACGCACACGAGGCUGCAGCACAUUUUUCUCUUACUAUGAAAUGGCUGAUUUUAAAAAAAAAAAUUAUAUAUAUGUAUUUUUAAAAUCCUUUACCUUUCCUUUGAAUCACGCUACAAGAAGUUAACUCUCUGAACAGCUAGGAAUUGAUUAAAUCUAGCCUGUCAGUCCCUGUACAGAUUAAUAUGAAGUUAUCUAUUACUUUAAUUUUUACUGCAUGCAUUAAAUAUGUCAAACAUUCCAUCAGAAAAGGAUUUUUAAAUGUUUCAGGAAAGAUGUGAGGCAGGAGGGCAAUGGUGGCAGUUAAGUGACUGAUCUGUACUUUACUUACAGGUUGUCUUUCCCUCUUGCAUCACCAUCCAUACUUGUGGUCCUCUUCUAAUCUCCAUCUGGGGCAGCCUCUCCACAGGCACAUAAGCCCAGGACUUCCACUCCUUCCCAUGGGCUGGGCAUGCGAGUGAGCACCCCUCUUACUUCCACUGUUCAUGAUGCUUCCUGGCAGCAACCCCCCUUUUCCCCAUCCUUCACUCACGACCCCUCUUUCUCUGUCCUUCACUGUUGCUCCUGAAGUGCCUGUGCCAAGCUGCACAAGCAGAGCUAUGCCAGGCACCAUGCACCAAGUGCUCCUCGGAGCUUUCCCUCUCUCUGGCUCUCUAAAUUUUUAGCCACUGGUAAAUGCAGGCUACUCUGCUCUUCAUCUUCUGCACUUCUGGGAAUGGGAUCCUCACAGGAUAAAACCCAUGACAAAUCAAGUGCAGAGGGGCUUUCUGGAUGGGUGCUGUGUUCCUGCCCACUGGAGCUCCACCAGCACCAGUUGGCUUACCAUGGCAGGAGUGGGAAACAGCAGGCAUCACACCGGUGCAGGAGCAGAGCAGCAUCUGCUCCCACUUUGGUGUGCGCUGCUUGGUUUAGGCAGUGGUCAGUUAGUGGGCUGAGGUUCCCAGCAGUGUCCCUGCCAGGCAUUAGCUCCGGAGAGGGAUGGCCAGAACCUGUCACAGGGAGAAAUCAGAAGUACUGCAAGGACAACCAUGUUCCUCCCAUCUCUUUGGCUUUCUGGUGUCAGCCUGUAUUUUUCUGUCACAUUGCUGUGUUUCAGCUUGAUUGGAUGGAUUUCCUGUGCUGUAGGCAGGUCCCCGUGGGAUGAAGCCCUGUCAGCAGAUGCUGUUGGAGUCACAGGGCUCUGGGAGUGACCAAGAUGACAUCCACCAUGCUGGAUGGUGUGCAGGCAGCAUGGCCUGAGACUCAAAGUGCUUGCAGCUUGUCCCAGGCUGAUUGCCUUCAGCCAGCAGCUCUGUUUAUCCCUGGGGAUGCCAGGGGCAUUUGGCAAGCCCUGGCUUUCCCACAUUAGAUUUGGCAUGUCCUGCACAAAAAGUAACACAGAAUCUGUGGAAAGAACCUUUUAACAGAAGCUGGGCUCUGCCUCGUGGCUGUAAAUGUGAAUUUCUGCAGCAUUUAAUGAGGAAAGGUAAAGGAUGUGGGUUUUGUCAGGGCAGGACUGAAAAGAGGCUCUGAGAUGGGCUGCAAAUUGCUUGCUUGUCUUCAGAAAGCAAAUUAAGACAAAGCAAAUAAUUCUGAUUAAUUGUAAAUGCAAUUUUUUUAAUAAAAUUGCCCCAGAGUGCUGUCUGGGACCAACUUAGGCCAGGCAUGUGUUGCAUGUCCCUUGUGGGCACCUGGGUGCAAUGGGCAGGUGAUAGAGCAACAUCUUGGGCAUCUACAAAGACAAGUAGCAGUGGGUUUGCAGAAGUGCUGAGCCAGGGUGGCCUGAGGGGUGAGAUCAUUUGAGGACUUGUCAACAGGGACCCUCCCCAUCUCUCUUCUCUGCUGUCCUUGGAGCCAGUCCUUGAUACUGCAGCCUCUGCAGGGCUUUCCCCAGCUGGGCACAUCAAUGCUGCUCAGAGCUGUGCUGCCCUCUGCUUCCUUUCCUCCCCUUUAAAAAAAAUCCAGUUCUGAAUAAAAUUAGAGUGAUUCUUCUCUACAUAGACUCAUAGAAUGGUCUAGGUUGGAAGGGACCUCCAAAGGUCAUCUAAUCCAACACUCCCUGCAGUAAGCAGGGGCAUCCUCAGCUAGACCAGGUUUCCCAGAGCCCUGUCGAGCCUCACUUCGAAUAUCUCCAGGAAGUCUCCCUCCUGUGCCGGGAGAGCCUUGCAGUGCAGGACAUCAUGCUGUUUGUGAAGACCUGGCAGGAGUGCUUCCUCCUGCACCUGAUGAGUUUAGCUCAUGGAAAGCCUGCUUUGGCUGUGCGUGAAUAUGGUUAAGCCAUCACCUAUGGCUGACAUUGCAGCGAAUACUUGCCAUGACCUCUGUAGCCCACCUCGAAGUGAGAAUGUUGGAGCUUUGGUAUGAUUUUCCUGAAUUCUGUAUUUGUGCAAUCCUUUGGGUUACCCCAGAGGUGAAGGUGGGCCAGUUGUGGUCAGCAUCUUUAGAAAAAGCAUUAAGGCUUUCUGCUCUUGAGGAAAUCCCCAGCUCUAUGCCAGGCUCGUUUCCUUUCGGUUCUUAACCUAGGAGAUAGCAUCUUUGGCCCCUCAGUUUCUCCUGUGUGCAUUCCCCACUUGACACCUGUAGUAGCUGCCAGGUCUUACUGACUGCAAGAUCUGCUUCUCACAUGCUUUGUUUGCACUUGCUGCUUUGAGUGCUGUAUUUUGGUGCAGGAAGGAAGAGUGCUGUAAUUUGCUAGAAAAUUAAAUUUCCAUUUAAUUUGCUAGCAAAUUUAAGAGCCUACAUGUGAGGUGACUACCUGGCAGGGUGGCAUUGCCUGGGGAGCUCCAUUUUCUUUAUCAACACUCAGAUGUUUGAUUUUUUUUUUUCUUGUUUUCUUCUCCCCCAGCCAAUCCUUGUCUUGCAUUACUGUCUUCCUGAUUUGCUUCCCAGUGUUGUGUCUCUAUGCAGCCAGGGUUCAGCCAGAACAGUGCACAAGAGGCACAAAAGUAAGAAGAAGUGGUACGAUGUGUGUAACCUGUUGCUCUUUGUUAAUGGCCUGGGACAGGCACAGCUUGCUUCUGUGUGUUCUGCAGCAAGGCAGCAGUGAGGUGUAUGGCUGAGGCACAGCCCCUGCCUUAACAGCCUGUUUCCAGUAAAUGCAGCUUCGAGGCAGUGUAAGGGAUGCACAGGGAGCUGCAGAUGAUCUCAGCGAGUGGAAGGAAAUAAGCAGCAUGAUUUAUUGCCUUAUUCCACACGGGCACUGAGUUGUGUUUCCAUUAGCAGAGCUGCCCGCUGGCACUACCGCAGUGCCAUCCUCAGCUCCGAAGCCUCAUUGCGCUCCACCUCCUCUGGGCCACCCCACAACUCCCUGGACUGCUUCUUCAGUUUUGGAUUUCAGCACAAGUGCUGUAUCCUACAAGCAGUUUUCUCUUUCUGUUACUUUGGCUUUCCUUGCUGGCCACUUUCUCAUCCUGGUCUUGACGCUGGCCUCCAUCCCACCUCCCCGGUCCAUGUAGCAGGAGCAGCAGCAUCUUAGCUCUGCACCUCCACCCAUGUCCCUGCUACCCCUUUGCUGCCAUCCUCCAUCUCUUCUCUCACCUGGUCAUUAGCAGCUUGGGGUCUUCCCACUUCACAUGGUUAGGAACCAUCUAUUUUACCUAAUCUCUGGGAGGUUUGCCAAGCUUAGAGUCAACAAUUAUCUGUCAGGGACUGAGGGCUGCAGCAAGAGCAGUGUAAGCCCAGAAUGGCCUCUUCUAUCUGUACCUGUUAGGUUCUUGUUCUGCAGUGCUAGGCCUGGAAUGAGUUUCUCUGCUGUUGAGGAGCGUACAGUAUGUCCAAGGUGUGCCAUGUUUGUAUUCAUCACUGACUCAUGACUAAUGAGAGCCUUUUUGCUCGUGUUUGCUGCAUGCAGUGGUGUAUCUGUGUUCAGCUGCGGGCAUAUCAGUGAGAUGCAUCUGCAGCAACCCUUCUCCAAAGAGCUGUUUAGCCAGAGCUGAUCACUUCAGCCAGCUUUGUGACAUAUUCCUAGAUGACUCUUCAUGAGCCAGGAGAGUGGGAUGGACUUGUCCUUUCUGCUUUCUGCAUCUGUAUCUCUCCUGUGCCAGGGGAGCCUCACAGUGCAGGACAGAACGAGCUGGUGGGCAGCCCCAGUCACGUUUGCCUGCCAGCUCCUAGUAGCCUCCUGGAGAACAGUGAUGCAAUCUUAGAAGGAUACGGUUGUACAGCUGCCCUCUUUGGAAGACUUGCAGAUGGACAGUUUCUC